GGCCGUCCCUCCUCGCUGCGGGGCCUCGGUGUCCUCGGGCUGCGAGCUGCACGUGGACGCCGGGCCCCAUCAGGCCGCCAGGGGGCCGCAGAGCGCAGCGCGACCCCAACCCGGAGGACGGAAGCCCAGGAAGGCCGCUUCCGCCUAGUGCCCACUUCCAAGAUGGCGGCGGGGCGGGGCCGGGGCGGGGCUGACGGAGUCGGCGAGCGGGAUGCUGCGGACGGCGCUGGGCGGCGCGCCGAGGCUGCUGAGCCGCGUGCAGCCCCGGGGGCCCUGCCUGAGGCGGCUGUGGGGCCUCGGGGCCCGUCCAGAGGUCGCGGGGAGGCGGCGCGCCUGGGCCUGGGGCUGGCGGCGCUCAAGCUCCGAGCCGGGGCCGGGGCCCGCGGCGGCUCUGGGGCGCGUGGAGGCUGCGCACUACCAGCUCGUCUACACCUGCAAGGUCUGCGGGACUAGGUCCUCCAAGCGCAUCUCCAAGCUGGCCUAUCACCAAGGCGUGGUCAUUGUGACCUGCCCUGGCUGCCAGAACCACCACAUCAUCGCGGACAACCUGGGUUGGUUCUCGGACCUGAAUGGGAAGAGGAGUGCUGGUCCUGGUGCUUGUAGCUCUGGCCUGGCCAGGGGGCACCCUGAGGGGACUGAAGUGCAGGGCGAGCGGGGGCCCCCGAAGAACCAUGUUGCCUCCCUGCCUCCCAGAAAUAUCGAAGAGAUCCUGGCGGCCAGAGGUGAGCAGGUGCACCGUGUGGUGGGCGAGGGGGCCCUGGAGUUCGUUCUAGAGGCUGCAGGGACCCCCACAUCCACUGCUGCUCCAGAAGCAGGUGAGGAUGAGGGUCCCCCCGGGCCUGGCAAGACGGAGCCGAGCUGACCCCUGCGCUCCCCAGCACCGUGGGACUUCUGCCUUCCAGAAGGAUGUUUUGGCCCUGGGCCUCUCUGGACAUGGCCUAUUUUCUAUCAAUAAACAGACAUUACUUCCGGAUGCUGGGGCCUGUGGCCCUGGUGGCAUUUGUUUUUCUGGAGUUAAAAUGACUGCUCUGAAUCCCUGGUGCUGCUGGGUGGACACUGGAGCCACAGGACCUCUCAACUCACCAGUUCCUCCUACACGGAGUCGCCUUGGACUUGCACACAGGGGCCACAGUCACCUGGAAAGGGGGCUGGAUGUGGAGUCAGAGCCCCUCCUAUUUGUCACUGUGUGACUUUGAGCAGGUCACCACCCCUGUGAGCCUCGGCCUUCCUCUGCAAGCCCCUUGCCAUCCCCCUGGCCAGCUCUGGCGGCCUCCCUUCUGUGAGCCAGUGCAGACCUGAGCCCUGGCCCUCGGCUGCUGGCUGUCAGUGAAACUGAGCAAAGUGGGCUGCUUGCUGGCCCAGGCAGGACGAGCAGCUAUGGCGUGGCCACGUGUCGGGAGCUCCAGGCCCCUCCCGGGGGAGCCAUCUGGGCCUCCUCCCCUUGGUGGACAGCACUCUGGAUGCCUCAGGGCCCUCCGAGGCACGUGGGGUUUGUCUCCCAGCCUUGUUUGUGCACAGGAUGUUCCUGUGUUUAUGAAAGCGAGCAAACA